CUGUAGUGCGGCUCAGUACUCGGUAGUGUACAGUGUAAGUCACCACGUCGUGUGAAUCUUGCGUGUAUUGUGUUGACAUUUGUAGUUCAAGUUAUAACUGCAUGUUUAAACACACGUUGUUUUUGACAAGCUCAGCGAAAAAUUGGAAAAAAGAGCUUCUUAGUUAUUUUUAAGUGAUAAUUAAUAAAAUGGAUCCAGCCUUAUUUAAAGAACACGAAGCUUUCAAAAAGCGAGCUGCUGCAACACCUAGCAUUGAAAAGAAAAGAGACAAAAAUGGAAAAGAAGCUAAUACUGAUGAAUCAUUUAGAAAAAAACCCAAACCAGUUAUUCCAUCUAAACCAAAAGUUGAUAUUAACUCAUACAAAAAUGUUACAAGUGCUUCCACCGUCAGAUUUGGUAUUCUAGCAAAAAUCGUUCAAUAUAUGAAAGCUAGACAUCAAGACGGAGAUGAUUAUGCUUUGAGCUUAGAUGAAAUUCUUGAUGAAACAAGUCAACUUGAUAUAGGAUCCAGAAAUAAACUAUGGCUUGAAAAUGAAGCUUUGCCUCAAAAUCCAAAAAUAGAACUUACCGAUGAUGGAAAAUACAUUUUCAAGUCUAUGUACAAAAUCAAGGACAAAAAAUCAUUAUUGAAACUACUUAAACAACAUGACCUGAAAGGACAAGGAGGAAUUAUGUUGGAAGAUAUAAAAGAAAGUUUACCACAUUCUGAAAAACAUUUGAAGAAUCUUCAAAAUGAUAUCAUCACCAUUGUUCGUCCGCAAGAUAAGAAACAAAUUAUAUUUUACAAAGAUAGGACAGCUGAAUUUCCUGUAGAUGAAGAUUUUCAAAAACUCUGGAGAGCAGUAGCAGUUGAUGCAGUGGAUGAUGCUAAAAUGACUGAAUACUUGGAAAAACAAGGUAUUAGAUCAAUGCAAGAUCAUGGUAUAAAGAAAAUGGCACCAGUCAAGAGGAAAAAAGGAAACAACAAAAAGAGAGCACCGAAAAAGCCAAGAGAUAAUGAUCAUUUAGCAGAUGUGUUACAACAUUAUGAUGAUAAAUGAAAGUGCAGUAGUUAUAUUAAUGUAAAAUUAGUAGUAUAUUUAAGAGAAUAUAUUAUAAUUAAGAUUUAUAAAAAUUAAAUGGACCUAUUUUUAUAUUGAUUUGUGAUGUUAAUGUAAAAAAUGUUAAUAAUAUAUUAAUACAGUAUUAAUAUAUGUGAAAAAGUCUGAUAACAAACAAAACUGUUAAAUUAUUGUAAAACCUUAUAGAUUUUUUUUACAUAAAACAACAUAGAUAGAAA